AUGGCAUAUAAUUCGUCGCUUUUAACCUUACCAGUCGAGAUUUUGUAUCAUAUUAUUGAUUAUCUUGAUAUAUCAACUAUUUUUCUAUCAUUUUCUAAUGUAUGUACAUAUUUUCGAGUAAUAUCUAAUACCUACAAUAGAUAUCAACUCGAUUUUCGUUCAAUUUCAAAAAAUGAUUUUCAUUAUAUUUGUCAAUUUAUUCAACCCGAAAAUAUUCUUUCAUUGACACUUUCUGAUGAAAAUAAGACACCAGGUGAAAUUAGAUUGUUUUUUUCAUUGUUUAACAUUGAUCAAUUUACUCGAUUACUCUCAUUAACUCUUUUUGGAAUCGAUGAAGAUAAUCUAAAUAAAAUUCUACAUUCGAACAUAACAUCAACAAUCACAUCAUUAGUGAUCAAUUGGCGAGAAGCUCAUUGUCCUACUAACAAAACUUUAAAUCUUCUCUCAUCAAUAUUAAAUCGACUUAAUCUUCGCAAACUUGAACUUAAAACUGGAUCAUAUGCUAUCGAAGAAAUGUUAUGGCCAGUACAAUAUACACUAGAACAUCUUAUAUUGAUGUAUGUAACACAAAAACAAUAUUGCAAUAUACUUCGAGAAACACCUAAUUUAAAAACAUUAACAUUAAAUCAUUGUUCAAUGCAUAAAAUCGAUGAAUAUAUUGCAACAUUGUCUGUUCCUAUCUUAUAUGAGCAAUUAACAUCAUUAAUAUUAACUGACAGUCGACUGACAAUGAAUGAGCUUACAUCACUUCUUUCCUUAACACCUUCAUUGAUUUAUUUGAAAAUCAUAUGUUUACCGGAUUCAUUUGAUACUAUUGCUAAUGGAUAUCAUUGGGAACAAUUUAUUAGUGCAAAUUUACUUCUUUUGCAUAAAUUUGAAUUCUUCUUUACAAAUAUAUACAAUGUUUACUACAAAUCUAGAGAUAUUCAAUCGCUUAUCUCUCGAUUUCAAACACCAUUUUGGCUCGAACAGAAACAUUGGUUUGUCAUCUGUGAUUACAUUGAUUAUCUCAAUCAGAUUAUGCUCUAUACAACACCACUAUGUAGUACUGACUUUACGUAUGAAUGUCAAGCAAAUAAAAUUUCAUAUUCUACUACGCUCACAAUAGAAACCGAUGCUAUAAUAACAGAGAACGUACAUACAAUAAACUUAACUUUAACGAAAUUAAUGGCUGGUGUCGUUACAAUGAAGAACAUAAUGCCAAGUCAGUACUUAUUUCGCAAUUUAACUAAGUUAACAAUAGAUGUGGAUCAAGAAUGGUCAUUAGAAUGUGUUGAAUUUCUUUCGAAAAUAAUCGAUCUUUCUCGUCUCGAUAAAAUCACUUUUAAUCCUGAUUUAAAUCACAAAUCUAUUCAUAAUACAUUAAACAGCAUUCAAAUUCUGAUGGGAUUAGCCUAUAAUCUAAGUACACUCGCAAUACAUCCUUAUUCUUCUUAUGAUGAUGUUAUAGACAUGGAAAAUAUUUGUUCAAUGAUUCCCUAUCAUAUAAAAUAUUUAGAAGUAACUGUAAAAGAUAUUAACAGUAUGAAAAUGAUCGUCAAUCACCAUGAACAUUUAUGGAGUCUUACACUUUUAGCUUCUUCUGAUCGAUCAAUGCCUUGGUCAGAUUUUAUAGAAGAACUUAUCGACAGAAAAAAAGAUUUUGUAUAUUGGGAAUCUUAUUAUUCUUUGCAUAUUUGGUUUGGUCAAACAACAAAUUAA